ACACCGUUCAGAGGGCAAAUAUUAAUUUUCAAGCUUUUGAAUUCAUCAAACAUCUCGUGCUUUUGGACCUGGAAAAAAAAAAAAAAAAAACUUAAAAAACUUUGAAUCACAUAGAACCAAACCAACCCUUCUUCCAAUUCAAAAGUUUUAUGAUCGGUUUGUACGAGAAUUCAAAGGGCUUUUCUCUGUUUUUAUUUUUUCAAUUUCCUUGUAAUUUUCCAGUUCUUUGACACGUCUUUGAAGGUCUUAAAAAAGCUAUUUUGUUUUUUUUCUUUUCUUAUGAGGUAUAUAUAUAGAUAGUUUAACCCAGGAAACUAGUCAGACUACUCAUCUUGCAACUUGUGGAAGCUAGCUAGUUUAAAAAUUUUCUUUGAAUAGACUUGGAACAUAGACAAUUCUGAAAACCCAAGAGUGGGAUUGAUUCCCUUUUUAGGAACUGAAAGGGGAAAAUUGUUUGGUGGUCUGCAUAAGCAAAUCAAUAAUAUUUAUAUGGGGUUAUCGCUAUCCUUACUUUACUCGGCUUGGGAAGAAAUUGUAAAACAUAGAUUCUUUGGUUUGGCAUACAAUCUGAGUUUCAAUUCCAAAGAUGGAAGCGCAACAUUGAGGACGCAUAGCUUUAAGAGAACAGCUGCAGAAUCAGAAAUCAUGACCCUCAGCCCAAACAUCAAUGGGUCUGAUCACAAGACCAAUAAGACUAAAAAUUCAAGCCGCUUGAAGGAUCACAAGCCCCAAAAUGUAAAGCUCGAACAAAAUCUUUCAUUCAAGGACCUUGUACUUCAAGAAGUGGUCAUCAACAACAAAUUGGGCUCGGAUGCCAAUGUUUCUAGGGAGAACUCUGUAUUGAAGCAUAAACCAAUACCUUCGCUUUCUCUGCCUGAACCAGCCAUUCUUUUUUCUCCAAGACCGGUCAGCGAGCUCGACGCUGCUGCGGUUAAGCUUCAAAAAGUGUAUAAAAGUUACCGAACAAGAAGAAACCUUGCUGAUUGUGCCGUGGUGGUUGAGGAGCUUUGGUGGAAGGCAUUAGACUUUGCAGCUCUCAAGCGGAGUUCUGUGUCAUUCUUUAAUGGAGAUAAGCAGGAAACCGCCGUUUCAAGAUGGGCAAGGGCAAGAACAAGAGCAGCAAAGGUGGGAAAGGGUCUGUCUAAGGAUGACAAGGCACAAAAACUAGCACUGCAACAUUGGCUUGAAGCGAUUGAUCCACGCCAUCGAUAUGGGCACAAUCUGCACCUCUAUUAUGAUAUCUGGUUUGAAAGUGAAAGCACCCAACCUUUCUUCUAUUGGCUGGAUGUUGGAGAUGGCAAAGAGAUAAAUCUAGAGAAAUGCCCAAGAAGUGUUCUACAGCGCCAAUUUAUCAAAUACCUUGGACCUAAAGAAAGGGAGGCAUAUGAAGUAAUAGUGGAAAAUGGGAAGCUAAUAUUCAGGCAAAGCGGAAUGGCCGUGAGCACAGUAGAAGGUUCAAAAUGGAUAUUCGUGCUGAGCACAACAAGGGCUUUGUAUGUGGGUCAGAAGAAAAAAGGUGCAUUUCAGCAUUCAAGUUUUCUAUCUGGUGGGGCCACCACUGCAGCUGGAAGACUUGUCGCCCAUGAUGGCCUUCUUGAGGCUAUUUGGCCAUACAGUGGACAUUACCAUCCAACAGAAGAGAACUUCAGAGAAUUUAUUAGCUUCCUCGAAGAGAAUCAUGUGGAUCUCUCCAACGUCAAGAGAUGUGCGGUUGACGAUGACUGCCCUUCGUUCAAAGUCACUGACAGUGAAUCAAUUAAAUCCAAGCAACCAGAUCCUGCAACCAAGGAUACUUCGAUCACAACCGUUCCACAAGAAGAAGAUAAGAAAGUGGAUGUCGCCAGCUCCAAACCGCCAAUGUUUGACGUGGGCAAGCGACUGUCCUGCAAGUGGACCACUGGCGCUGGGCCACGUAUUGGGUGUGUCCGGGACUACCCAACGGAACUACAAUCGAGAGCACUGGAACAUGUUAACCUGUCACCCCGUGUCGCACCCGGAUCUUUAUGUAGCUAUGGUCCAAUUCCAUCUCCAAGGCCGAGUCCAAAGGUGAGGCUAUCACCUAGGCUCGCGUACAUGGGACUCCCUAGUCCCAGAACCCCAAUUGCUGCUGGUAACUGAGCAGGUGUAAGCAAACCAAAGGCUGUUGGCUCUACGGAUUCGAUAAUGUCACUGACACGCAAUCGAGUGGGUCCAGCGGGCCCCAGAAACGUGGGAUUUUCGCAGGCGUUGGUGGCUUUUCUUUUGAAGAAUUAACCCAUACUUUAUAAAAUUCCUUUAAUAUUGUUUUUAUUUUGAUUUAUCUCAAUAUUUUCAUUCUUUUGUAGAUAGCUAAAAGGGCUAAUUAGUAUUUUUAACCACCCAAAUUUGGCUCAUGCGUUCUACAGUUGGGCUUCAUUUAUUUAUCUCUUGUAACAUUUUUUUAUUUCUAAUUUUUACAAUGAAAAUUGAUACUUCUCAA